CUCUUGCCUACAACACAGUAAAACGCUGAGGACUUCUCGCCAUGGCUGUGAACAUACCAGGCAUUAUCGCCAUCGUGAUCUUCUACCUGCUCAUCCUCGGGAUAGGGCUGUGGGCGGCCCGAAGGGGAGCCCAGAAGAACCCGGACGGGCCCGAGAGCGAAGAUGUGAUGCUGGCGGGAAGGGACAUCGGUCUAGUGGUGGGCAUGUUUACCAUGACAGCAACUUGGGUGGGAGGAGGCUAUAUAAACGGAUCAGCGGAAGUGGUCUUUGACCCUGCGCAGGGAUUCAUCUGGUGUCAGGCGCCUUUCGGAUUUGCCAUCAGUCUCGUGUUAGGAGGACUUUUCUUCGCCAAGAAGAUGCGUUCUGAAGGGUACGUGACGAUGUUGGACCCCUUCCACAAGCGGUACGGAGAGAGGAUGGGCGGGCUGCUGUUCAUCCCCGCCCUGCUAGGGGAACUCUUCUGGUCAGCCGCCAUAUUGUCCGCUCUGGGUCAUCUGUGGGGUUGUCACAUGCUGGGCAAGCUUUUUGUGUUCUCGGUGCAGUACUGA